AUGUCACAAUUAAAUGUUUCGGAUCAGUCUUACCCUCUAACUCCACAACUUAGCUCAGGAAUUUCACUUACAACCACCACGGAAUCUUCUACAUCAUCAUCUCCUACACCGCCACCACAAUUUAUUUUCGAAAAACCUUCUUAUAAAUCAUCAAAGAAAAAAUCAAAUUUCUUUCGUGAAUUAAAAAUGGCAUUUAAAUCCCCAUCACAUAAAAAAUCGAGGUCCACGUCUAAUCUUUCAUAUUAUAAUUACAAACAUGUAGAAUUUAAUAAAUAUGGUAAAUGGAGCAGAGAACUUGGAUCAGGUGUAGGGGGGACUGUACGAUUAAUAAAUCGAAAAUCUGAUAAUAAACCUUUUGCUGUAAAACAAUUUCGUAAACGUUUUCCGUAUGAAUCGGAAAAAUCUUGGCUAAAAACUAUUACCGCAGAAUUUUGUAUAGGGUCGGUUUUACAUCAUGAAAAUAUUAUUGAAACCAUAGAUAUUAUUCAAGAAAAUGGACAAUUAUAUGAAAUAAUGGAAUUUGCUCCUUAUGAUUUAUUUGAAAUUGUGAUGUCUAAAAAAAUGUCUCAAAAUGAAAUUUUUUGUUGUUUUAAACAAAUCGUAAUGGGUGUAAAUUAUUUACAUAGUAUGGGAAUCGCCCACAGAGAUUUAAAAUUAGAUAAUUGUGUUUUAAAUGAAUUCGGCAUUGUAAAAUUAAUUGAUUUUGGUUGUUCUACCGUCUUUAAAUAUCCAUUUGAUAAUAAAAUCAUGCUCUCUUCAGGUCCUUGUGGUUCUGAUCCAUAUAUUUGUCCAGAAUCAUACACUCACUCUUCUUACGAUGUAAGAUCAGCAGAUAUAUGGGCAAUAGGAAUUAUCUUUGUAUGUAUGGUUAUAGGGAGAUUUCCUUGGUUGAUUGCUAGAGUAAGCGAAGACACUUCAUAUAAAGCAUAUUUACGUUAUCCUGAUCGAUUAAUUAAAAAACUUCCUCCAGAGUCUCGUUCUAUUAUGAGAAAGAUACUUGAAGUUACUCCGGAGAAACGUGCCACAUUAAAAGAUAUUCUUGAAGAUGAAUGGUUUAAAAAUGUUGAAUAUUGCACAGUAGCACACAAAUCCACUAAUCAUACACAUCAUUUGAUAGACAUAAAUAGUAAUUAA